CAUGAAUUGAGGCACACAAGCUAGUUUAGAGGGAGUGGAGAGAGAGACUCAGACCCUAUAAAUAUCACUUGUUAUUUCUCUCAAAGUUUUAAUCACUUGAUUUUCUCUAAAACCAACUUCAACAAAUAUCACACUAAGCAAAGCAAUAGCAAUGGAAAGCCAAGGUAGAAAUAUCAGCCACACAUCUGGUACUGAAGUGGCUGGUCAAGCUCAGAUGAGGAAUGAUGAAAAUAUGCACCAAGGAUCCAAAAACACCGGCCGAGACACUAACUUCCUUCAACAGACUGGGGAAGGUGUGAAUACCAUGGCGCAAGGAGCAGCUACAAUGGCACAAGGAGCAGUACAUGGAGCAGCAAGCAUUGUGCAAGGAGCAGCGACGGGAGUGGCAAACGUGGCCGGAGGGGCAGCUUCUGCCGUGAAAAACACUCUAGGAGCGAAAAAUGAUGAUACCACCACCACCACCACCAAUUACCCAGGCAAACCCAAGUACUAGGAUUUGAAGUGCUAUAUUUAGCUCUUUUGAGUUGGUCUCUUUCUUUUUCUUCCGAGUGUGAUAAUAAGCGCUUAUUGUUUGAUAAGUGUUUCAUGUAUCAUUGUCAUUUCAAUGCUUUGAUGAUACUAUAUAUUGAAGGUCCCUUUUAUAUA